CAAUGGGCAUUUAAUGAAAAAGUUCGCUGAAUUGCAAUCCCAAAUUUAAAAAUUUCUAUUUUAAUGCGCAAAAAACACAGGCAAAAAAUAAGACUUGAAUAGUAAACGAUGGUUCCUGAUCGCUAUUCAUUAAUAAAAUUCGUAACCAACUGAAACACCUGAAACAAUUAUCGUUACCAUAGCGAUACAAUGACAGAAAAUACUUUUAUUCAAAAAAAUAAAUAAAGUCCAAGCUUUAUAUUUUAUUUGUAACAGCUCUUUAAUUUUAGUUAAAAGGAAUAAUGGAUAAUAUCAAAGAAGAUGCUAUCCACCACACAGCUAUGAAAUUGGCGGAAGAAUUAAAAAAUCUUUCAAUUUAUAAAUCAUUUUAUAGUGAUGUUCAAAAAUUAGUAUCAUUACCAAAUGUGAAAAAGGAAGAUUUUAAGCAGACACUACAACAAGCAAUGAAAGAAAAAGGCUUGGAUACAAAACUAAGGAACACUGUGUUUCAUUGGGUUCGGACACAAAAUAAACAAAACAAACUAGAUCCAUUGACGUCCCUAACCAAAGCCAGUGCUCAAUGGGAAAAACGGAUCCACAAGUCUUUAAACUCCAUGUGUUCGGAUUUAGAGACAUCGUUAGCUAAAGUACGGCCGCAGAGCGAACAGGAAGAGCUAACUGAGAAGUGGAACGAGCUUAGUACUUAUAACUUAGAUUUAUCAAAAUACAGACCUGUAUAUGCGCCCAAAGAUUUUUUAGAAGUUUUACUUACGUUAUCUGGUUACAUUCCGUACACGAAAGAAGACGAACCCAAAUGGGAAUUUGCUCAUCUACCUCUUCAAGUUAAAAAUUUAGAUCAAUUGCGUAAAAUAUACAUAGAAUGGUCGAACGGAGAACCAUUAUUGGGCGUAAAUGCAAAUAUGCCCAGUUCAGUGCCCGGUUUUUCAACAUUGGAGGCAGAAAGGAUUGGUCUGGGUGAAAGAGUAGCAGCAUUGGGAUAUGCUCCAGUUAUCCAGGAGUACUUAAAGAAGGGAAGCCCUCAGUGCCUUCGAGCUAAGUUGUGGACACAGGUUUUAGGUGCUGAGAUUUCGUCUCAGCAAGUGUCAUAUUUCAACCGAUUGAAAAAGAGCGUAUUAGAAGUCGAUUUGAUGAUCGAUAAGUUGAUUUUCAAAGACGUACAACUUACUGCCUCGAAUGAUGAUCAAUAUUUUGUUUUCGAAGAUUUGUUAUAUCAGGUAAUGCUAUGUUUCUCUCGAGAUUGUGAGGUAAUGCAGUAUCUAAAGGGAUGUAUCGGGAAUCCCCUUAAUGUCACUAUAAAGGGGAAACAGACCUCUGCGGACAGUGUCACGGUGUUUCCGCCGAGUGGUAUCAUACCAUUUCAUGGCUUUACAAUGUAUGCAACACCGUUUUGUUAUUUGUAUGAUGACCCCAUGCAAUUAUACUUCAUAUUUCGAGCGUUUUACAUACGUUAUUGGCAUAAACUUCAUUAUAUUUCUACUCAUCCACAGGGUAUUGUAUCGCUAUGCUUAUUGUACGAAAGAUUGUUGGAAGCCAAUGAACCUCUGCUAUGGAUUCAUUUUAGGAAUAUAAAUGUAAACCCAAUAAGAGUGGUUUUCAAAUGGAUAAUGCGUGCGUUCAGCGGCCAUUUACCGCCGGAUCAGCUUUUGCUGCUUUGGGACGCCAUUUUGGGCUACGAUUGUUUAGAAAUACUACCAUUAUUAGCGCUGGCAAUACUGAGCUUUAGAAAAGAGAAUAUUUUUCAAGUGAACACUUUACAAAAUGUUGACGCCGUUUUAGCGGAUUUAUCGACUAUUUCUGUUAUUCCACUAUUGCAACUGGCUUUGAUGAAACCGUAAUUUUAUAGGUUUAGGAAUCGGAAUCGAUGAUUGUUUUUUUAUUUUGUUACAUUUUAUGUAAACACGUUAUUUUGACCUGUGUAAUCGAUGUUUUGUUACUUAAAAAUAAUAUUUUUACUGAGAUGGAAGUUGUCUCGUUCGUUACUAAAAUUAAUAUUUUGUAAUUACGUGUUUGUAGUUCUUUAUUUUGAUGUAUUAAGUUAACGUUAAAACAAUUGUAUUUUUUUAAUGUUGCAAUACUCUAUAGAAAGUUAUGUUUCGCAAUCAGCUUUAUAUAAUCAUGUUACUAGAUAAAAUAGUUGUUGUUACACUUUGAUCUUGUAUCGAUAAUGUUUUUAAAAUGGUUUAUUUUGUAGAUGCUUUUACAUAAAAAACAAAGU